AUGCGACCUUGUCUGCGCGCUGUCUGCCCAAUAUCGAAAGAAUCCACCUCACACCAGCGCAGGCGCCUUGGAAACAUAUUCUCGCUCUGGAAGCGAACAGCGACCCAAGCAAAAGUCAUGCCUCACACUGAAGAAUCAGCUCCAAUCCUGACUCCGCCACCUGGUGUGGAACCCAUGGAGUUUCUCAUGGAGCAAGCGAGGAGGAAGUACAAACUGAAAGCAGCGUCCAGUGCAGUGCCAAUGCCUGCUAUACCGACACCAGAGAACUUAGACACCGAUGAGCGCACGGACGCCGCCAUUGCUGUGUCUGAAGACUUGAUUACAGAAGCCCACGCGCACCUGAACACAUUUCGUUUCAGACCACUCGAGCUUACUCCAGCCGAGAAUGCUGAGCACACCAACGCAAAUUCUUGGCAGCAUGCUUAUGACACGGCCAGUCGCUACAGUCAAAAGCUGGCCAAGGACAAUGACAAGCUCUCUGAGAUCGCCAUGCGCUUGAUCAAUGAGCUGCAAACCGCUGGGCUUCCAGUUCCAGCAGACAUUGAGAUCCCAAGCCCAAUCACGCCCACCACUCGCGAACUCGACAUCCCCUUGAACACCCAUCUAUGGUUGCAAAGGCGAUACAACUUCCGUGAGUACAGCAAUAGAGACUUCGAGGCAGCAGCUGCUGCCGAAGGUAGGAAGCUCACGACUUUCAAUUUAGAAACAAUCCCAGAACAGCGUCCCGCUGUCCAGCGAGCAAAAACAGACCAAGAGACUCGGAGGCGGAAAAGUAAGCUGGGUCUGACGCUGGCAGUACUCCGAAAUGGCAUCGUCUUGUGCAAAUAG